GGAGAUUGUCGUUUGUAGUUAUUGGUCGCGUGCCGUUGAGUGGAAUUGACAGUAAGAGUUAACGUUUCCCAGGAUUACGAUGCCUACCAGGCCAUUCAGGGAAGGAGGAACUCGGAAGAAUUGGUCGUCCGAAGGAAAAGAUCAGCAUGAGGAGCCACGAGGUUUCACCCAAGAGGAUCCGCCCAUUCUCGUAUCUAAAAUUUCAAUUAUUGCUCUCCCCAUCCUUAAUUGAACCGAUUUGCCCGGGCGCAUAUCAUUUUCCUGGCCGUUGCCAAGUCUACACAUUUUCUUCUAGCGCGACCGACCAAAGAGAGAGCAGGAAUCCAGCCCUACAACCCAUCGCAUCCAACUCGAUUGUAUAGACCUGAAUCUCAACUCCCGCAUUCCAGCGCGUGUGACGGGCAGUGCAUUCACGACCACGCGCCAUCUAGACUUCAAUUCUACUCAAUUCAUACCGGCUCACUCACUAUGAAGCUUCUUGCUGGAGCAGCAUUGGCCUCAGUGGCUGCUGCGGCCUCUUCGUCGGCCCCAGCAUCUGCGCCCACAGGUGCGACCUACGCGUCGGGCUUUGACAUGACUCGAAGCUGGGCCAACCUCAGCCCGUACAAAGACGCAGACAGCUUUGGACUUCCCAAGGGCAUGCCAUCGGGAUGCGAGCUUUCCCAAGUGCACAUCUUGCACCGCCAUGCUGAGCGAUACCCGACAAACUACCCCCUGGAUGGCGAGGGCAUGCAGGACUUUGCGGCCAAGCUGACCAACUAUUCCAAGACACACUCUGGUAAAGCUGUGGCCAGUGGACCGCUGAAGUUCCUCAACAGCUGGAAGUACGUCAUUGGCGAGGAUAUCCUCAUGGAGACUGGUGCAGCUACUGAGGCUACUUCCGGUGCCCACUUCUGGAUCAAGUACGGUCGUCUCUUGUACCGCCCCGAUCGCGAUAAUGUGGCCGCGUGGAAUUCGUCUCUCAAUGUUUACCCCAAUGGCACCGCUCGUCCUAAGCCGGUUUUCCGGACUACCUCUCAGUCUCGAAUUCUGGAGAGUGCUCGCUGGUGGCUUAGUGGUUUCUUUGGCAACAGUGGCGCCAACAGCUCGUAUGAGCAAUAUGACCUGGUCGUUAUCCCGGAGGUUUACCCCUUCAACAACACCUUGGCUUCAUAUGAGUCCUGCCCCGGUGACAUGACCGAGGGCGAUGACGAUGCGGAGGUCUUCAUCUCCCGUUACACCCAGGAUGCCCGCGCUCGACUCUCUUCUUAUCUCCCCAAUGACUUCAACCUGACUGCUAUGGAUGUCCUAGCCAUGCAGAACCUCUGCGCUUAUGAGGUCACCAGCCUCGGUGGCUCAUCCUUCUGUUCCCUCUUCACCGAGCAAGAAUGGAAGGACUUUGCCUACAACGUCGAUGUCCAGUACUACGGCGACUACGCCUAUGGAUCCCCCACCGGUCGCGCGCAAGGAAUCGGUUAUGUGCUGGAGCUUGCAGCUCGCCUCCAGCAGAAGCUCAUCACCUCCAGCGAUACCAGCAUCAACUAUACUUACGACGAUAACACCGCGCAGUUCCCCUUCGGACAACCAUUCUAUUUGGACAUGUCUCACGACGAUAUCAUCUUGUCCGUCAUCUCAGCCCUCGGCCUCGAGCAUUUCAAUUACGGACCCAAGGGUCUGCCUGGCGAUGUGGAUCACGCACCUGCCAACCGUACCUUCUCUCUCUCCGAUAUGACUCCCUUCGGCGCUCGUUUCUUCUCGGAGAUCUGGACUUGUCCCCGUGACACCUCUUUCGAUGAAUUGGACCCUAUUCUCUAUGAGAACCCUGAACUUGAAUCUACCUCUCAUACUACGGACUACAUUCGCUUUUUGUUGAACAAUGCGCCUCUGCCUUUGAGUGGUCUUGUUGGCUGUGAGAAGGCUAAGAAUGGCUUCUGUCCCGUGGAGAAGUUCUUGAAGGCGGUGCCGACUCUAAAGAAGAAGGCUAUGUAUCAGGAGGCUUGCUUUGGAAACUAUACCACCGGCAGCCAGGUUGGCGAUGGUGCCCCAGGCUCCUAGGUGGAGGAUCGCACCGAUUUUGGGCAAGAUACCGCUAGACAGAAAAUACUCCGUCAGCUACAUUUCCGGUCCAUGGCUAGUCUGUCGGAGUUCAUUUGGAGCGUGAGCCGAGUAAGGAAAAUGAGUUAUAUUCCGCCUUUUUCCUGGUACCCGCUAAAUUAAAAACACUCCGGUCCUUGUCAAAUGUGAUUUAUGAGACUAAAUUACAAUGCCCCAUGAAAUGAUGUUUCGUGUGGCUAAAUUCAAGCUACGAAGGAUCUGGAAAUGAUAUGUGAGGGGUUGUAUCCUGCCGUGGGUGGAGAAGAUUAUACAUAUUGUAUGGUACAUAUACUGUGAGCGGAGACAAAUGGUACUUCAACACCACCGGGGCCAUUACCGGUCGAGCCCAUUAGCCUGGCACUAUAGCAUUUAAAAAGUCGCUAGUCUGUGAGCGACUGCAAUAAUAGUCAUACUUCUCCUCGCAGCCAGCCUUUCCAGAGCGGCUUGGACCAAUUUCUCCGAUUGGGAGUCAAGGCUUGAUGUCGCCUCAUCCAAGAGAAGCAAAGACGGUUUCCGCAAUAAUGCCCGAGCAAUGCACAAUCGCUGUCUCUGGCCUCCGCUGAGAGCCGUCUGUGCAUUAAUCCCUAGCUCUGUGGAAUAUCCCUCCGGAAGGGAAGUAAUAAAGCUGUGAAUCUCGGCGUCCAUACAGGCUUGGAUUAAUUCCUCUUCCGUGUAUUCGGAGCUCUCCAGCCCCAAAGUAAUAUUAUCACGGAUCGUACCAUCGAACAGCUGCGGUUCUUGGGCUACCAGCGACAACGAUCUUCGGUAUGAUCCUUGGUCAAUAUCAUUGACAUCCUCACCAUUUAGGAGAACGGUGCCCCGGAAUGGAUUGUAGAAUCGCUCUAGGAUUGAUACCAGACUGGUCUUACCACAUCCGGAUGCACCCACAAAUGCAACGAAUUGGCCACUUUCGAUGGUAACGUCAAGACCCGUGAAGAGAGGUACUUCUUGUGACUCAUAUUUGAAUGCAAGAUUUUGGAACUCAAUACGAGCUCCGCACCUACGGGACUGAUCGGGCAUGUGGUUCUUGGGAGCAGCAUUGACCUCAUCCAAAGCUGGUCGGAAGCUCAGAAUGCGGUUUGCCGAGGAAGUAGCCUGAGCAAUAUUUGGCCCGAAGCUAAAGAAUUGACCAGCUUGUUGCCCACCGAGGAUAAUUGACAUAUAAACCACAAAGAAAGAAGCCGGCUGGUAUUCCCUAGAUGCGAGAAGCUGGCCGCCGUACCAGAAGGUAAGUGCCAUGGCGCAGAGCUCAACGCUAUCAGAGAAAGCGAACACCAGAGUUGCCAACCAAGCUUUGCGAAAGGCUUUGUUCUGUUGUUGUUUUAAGAGAGUCGAGUAUCGAUUGAGAAUCGAGUCUUCCAUGGUCAACGCCGAGACAGUUCUGAAUGCAUGGAUAGCUUCUGCUGCAAACUGCGAGGAACCCGAGUAUACCUCCGCAUUGAGAGCUUCGAAUUCUAGCUCGUACCGGAUGCGCAUGAAGGCGGCGAGGAAGACGCAAGGGAGGGCAGCGAAGACGGUCACAAGACUGAGCUUCCAACCAAAGGCAAAAGCAAUCGAGAUGCAGCCUAUCAUGCUGAAUACCGAAAUCACUGGGAAAAUGCCGUUCAGGCCGAUCAUCUCCUGAAUUUGCUUGGGGUCGGUGGCUAGACGCGAGACUAGCGAGCCGGAGGCAUUUUCGUUCAUAUCGUAAAAUGGAACGGGUUUUUUUAGGAUAUUCUGAAAGUAUUCUGUUCGACA